UUCCAACAAGAAAAGAAUGAAUGAGCGAGCGAGAAGCCACAUAUACAGACCAAAGUUAUAUCUGGUGGUUUGGACUUUGAUCUUGACCAAUGUAUUUGAAAUGCUGACCGCAGAUAACCUGCCCUUAUUAUCAGGGACACUUCGUACUUUCCAAGUCCACGCAUGUGAUGGGAAUGAGCUGAGAAUCGAAUGUUUCCCCGAUACCGUCAUCAGUAUCAACCUAGUCCAUUAUGGACGGUCUUUAUCAUCCGACGAACUGUGCCCGCCUGAAUCACCGAGGGUCGCCUUCUCUUUAAAGAACGGCACGAGUGCCUGUCUAGCAGCGGAUGCACUGAAGGCUGUGGAAGCUGCCUGUAGAGAACAACGAGUGUGUAAGAUGAAGACAUCGCCAGAAACGCUUGGGGGCGAUCCGUGCCCUGGAAUCCGAAAAUAUGCUGAAGUAGCGUACAAGUGCCGGCCAAAAGUGUUUUACAACGAGAUUGCAUGCGAAGGUCAACGACUCCGACUGCGUUGUUCGAGGCCCUUUAGGAUUGCCAUAUACUUAGCAGCUUUUGGCGGAACAUAUUUUGGAGUUCCAGAAUGUCCCCAACUAGAGGGCGCUGGCAACCAAGAUUGCCAAGUCAGUUAUGCUACCGAAACUGUACUGAGAAGCUGUCUGGGAAAAAGAAAAUGUUCUGUUGCAGCUGACAAGGACACGUUUGGAGACCCCAACUGUCCUCGAAAAUCAUCGCUGUUUUUGAAAGUUGUUUAUACAUGUGUUAACAAAGAACUUCUUAGAGAACUGGAACCAAGCCUUGAAAAGGUCAACGAUGACUACGGAGAUGACAAAAAGGAUUUCCAGGAAGAGGCCAGCUAUGUCCCUGUUACAGUAAAACCAGACAGUCCGUGGAUAAAUAAGGAAGUCGACAGUAAAGUGAAAAGUACACCAAAGUUUAACUUGCUACCAGUUCCUUCACCAGAGCCCACCGAUUCAAACGUUAUUCUCGCCAAGUCCACAAUGAAUCCAGACAUGCAGAGCGACGAGAAGGUGAAAGAACAGGACCUCAACUGUACUGUUAUUGAAGGUGACCAGAAGGUAGUAGGGUUCCUGACAGAGUGGCUGUCUGCACUCAGGUUCAUCAACGAAAACAAAGAAAAAUGCAUCUUAUAUUUGACGGUGAGCCUGGGAGCUGGACUUGUGGCUUUUCUCUUGGUGCUUUUAGUUCGAUUAUAUGUUCAAAAGCAGAGGGAAAAUAGAAGAGCAGGCUUAAACGUCUCUGAACCCCUGCCAAGUGCGUCAGGUGAAGAUCUCGAUCACUUUUACAGCAGUGAAAGACCAGACAACAACGUAGAAAUGGUCAGAUCCAGCAACAGGCCAACUCUGAGGCGCCAAGACAGUGACACCCACCCUAAGACUCCCAUGUCUCAGAACCUGAACACGUGUGAUUAUUACAGUUAGGAAGGGUUUUAUAUUUCAAUAAGAAUGUGACGCACAUUUCGGAAAUAGCGGGUUAUUUUUCAUACAAAGAGCAGGUGUUAACAUCAACCUUAAAAUUAAUUUAUUCAUCAUCAUUAAUUUGAACAGCUGAAGUGAGUAGAAAAGCAUCAGAAAUACAAGAGGUCUUAAAGAGCUCAGUGUUAUUUCAAGCUGUUCAAAAUUGCUUUACUAGCAGGAGCUAGUGGGUUAUGCAAAAACUGGAUUAUUAUACUAUCAUUUUGUGUCACUGGAAAAAGACUGUAUAAACAAUUUCACUGUAUAUGUUAUAUCGAAGAGUGAAAAUGUGGGCAGAUGAAAUGAACAAUUUUUACUGUGUAUGUUAUAUCGAAGAAUGAAAAUGUGGGCAGAUGUAACGAACAAUUUUUACUGUGCAUGUUAUAUCGAAGAGUGAAAAUGUGGGCAGAUGCAACGAAAAAUUUUAUUGUGUAUGUUAUAUCGAAGAGUGAAAAUGUGGGCAGAUGUAAUGAACAAUUUUUACUGUGUAUGUUAUAUCGAAGAGUGAAAAUGUGGGCAGAUGUAAUGAACAAUUUUUACUGUGCAUGUUAUAUCGAAGAGUGAAAAUGUGGGCAGCUGUAACGAAAAAUUUUAUUGUGUAUGUUAUAUCGAAGAGUGAAAAUGUGGGCAGAUGUAACGAAAAAUUCUUACUGUGCAUGUUAUAUUGAAGAGUGAAAAUGUAAGCAGACACAACGAACAUUUUUACUGUGUAUGCUAUAUCAAAGAGUAAAAAUGUGGGCAGAUGCAACGAAAAAUUUUACUGUGUAUGUUAUAUCGAAGAGUGAAAAUGUGGGCAGUUGUAACGAACAAUUUUACUGUGUAUGUUAUAUCGAAGAGUGAAAAUGUGGGCAGCUGUAACGAACAAUUUUACUGUGUAUGUUAUAUCGAAGAGUGAAAAUGUGGGCAGCUGUAACGAACAAUUUUACUGUGUAUGUUAUAUAUAUA